UUCUCCUCUGCACAGAAAGUCCGAGUCAUGGCGAGAACCAAGCAGACCGCCCGUAAAUCCACGGGAGGCAAAGCCCCCAGGAAGCAGCUGGCCACCAAGGCUGCGAGGAAGAGCGCCCCGGCCACCGGCGGCGUGAAGAAGCCUCACCGCUACAGGCCCGGUACCGUGGCUCUGAGAGAGAUCCGCCGCUACCAGAAGUCCACGGAGCUGCUGAUCCGCAAGCUGCCCUUCCAGCGCCUGGUGAGAGAAAUCGCUCAGGACUUCAAGACCGACCUGCGCUUCCAGAGCUCGGCCGUCAUGGCUCUGCAGGAGGCCAGCGAGGCUUACCUGGUGGGUCUGUUCGAGGACACCAACCUGUGCGCCAUCCACGCCAAGAGGGUCACCAUCAUGCCCAAAGACAUCCAGCUGGCCCGCAGGAUCCGGGGAGGGGGAGUUGACUCCGGCUUGGAUUCAUCACUAACACUUUUCGGAGCUUCAGUGAAAAUGUCUGGAAGAGGAAAAGGAGGUAAAGGACUCGGCAAAGGAGGCGCUAAGCGUCACCGCAAAGUCCUCCGUGACAACAUCCAGGGAAUCACCAAGCCCGCUAUUCGCCGUCUGGCUCGCCGUGGUGGAGUCAAGCGUAUCUCGGGUCUGAUCUACGAGGAGACCCGCGGUGUGUUGAAGGUUUUCCUUGAGAACGUGAUCCGUGACGCCGUCACCUACACCGAACACGCUAAGAGGAAGACCGUGACCGCCAUGGACGUGGUUUACGCCCUGAAGAGACAGGGUAGAACCCUGUACGGCUUCGGAGGUUAAACCCAACCGUUUCCUGAACAAACC